AUGGAGGAAGUGAAAUAUAUUGCUGACCCACCAGUGAAAUACAUUGCUGACCCACCAGUGAAAAAUAUUGCUGACCCACCAGUGACAUAUAGUGCUGACCCACCAGUGAAAUGUAUUGCUGACCCACCAGUGAAAUGUAUUGCUGACUCACCAGUGAAAUGUAUUGCUGACCCACCAUUGACAUAUAUUUCUGACCCACCAGUGACAUAUAUUGCUGACCCACCAGUGAAAUGUAUUGCUGACCCACCAGUGAAAUAUAUUGCUGACCCACCAGUGACACAUUUUGCUGACCCACCAGUGACAUAUAUUGCUGACCCACCAGUGACCUAUAUUGCUGACCCACCAGUGAAAUAUAUUGCUGACCCAACAGUGACAUUUAUUUCUGACCCACCAGUGACACAUAUUGCUGACCCACCAGUGACACAUAUUGCUGACCCACCAGUGAAAUAUAUUGCUGACCCACCAGUGACACAUUUUUCUGACCCACCAGUGACAUAUAUUGCUGACCCACCAGUGACACAUUUUGCUGACCCACCAGUGACAUAUAUUGCUGACCCACCAGUGACAUAUAUUGCUGCCCCACCAGUGAAAUGUAUUGCUGACCCACCAGUGAAAUGUAUUGCUGACACACCAGUGAAAUAUAUUGCUGACCCACCAGUGACAUAUAUUGCUGCCCCACCAGUGAAAUGUAUUGCUGACCCACCAGUGACAAAUAUUGCUGACCCACCAGUGAAAUGUAUUGCUGCCCCACCAGUGACAUAUAUUGCUGACCCACCAGUGACCCAUAUUGCUGACCCACCAGUGACACAUAUUGCUGACCCACCAGUGACAUACAUUGCUGACCAACCAGUGACAUACAUUGCUGACCCACCAGUGAAAAAUAUUGCUGACCCAUCAGUGACAUACAUUGCUGACCCACCAGUGACAUAUAUUGCUGACCCACCAGUGACAUACAUUGCUGACCCACCAGUUGAAUGUUGA